AUGUAUGCAUUAACAUCAGUUACUUUACAAGUUAAUAAUAAUAUACGUCGACAAGAGGAACGUGAAAAAGAAGAAUUAAUCGAAUUUAAUAAAAGAUUUAGCUUGUAUCUUGAUUAUGUGAAAAGGUUAGAAUCAAAACAUUCAAAAUUAAACUUACAAUUUGAUGAAAUACGUCAACAAUGGUAUGAACUAUUUUUUUCACAAUAUCCAGUUAAAUUUUAUCAAUUGCGUUCAGAUACCAGUCAAGUGUCGUCUGAUAAAAUUGAUUUAGAAAUUGAUUUAGAACGAUUACAAUUUGUGAGUAAUAAAUAUCUUGAGCUUUUUGAUAUCGAACAACGAUGGUUCGAUAACAAAAAAGAAAAAUGUGUACAACUAGAAAAUGAAUUAAAUAAAUCAUCAACGGAUCUAUUAAAAUUACGCCAAUCAUAUGCAGAUAUUGAAGAAGAUGUUAAAGUUUCAUUAGCAAAACGUGACGCAGUAGUACAAAAUUAUUUUCAAGUAACUGACGAAUCAUAUAAAUCGAAAUCAAGUCGAAUGAAAUUAGAGUUAAGAGUACAAUCAUUGAAAAUUGAAAUACCAUUUAUUAAAAAUAUAUAUUCAAUCACCAUGAAAGAAUUUAAGCAAUUAUCAAUUCAACCAAAUACUAUUGAUAUAAAACAAUUUUAUGGUAAAGAAUUAGAAAGAGCCAUAAGUUUUAUACGUCGUGACUUUGAAUUACUAUAUAGUUCAUUCUAUAAACAAAUGGAUGAAUAUUAUAGUAUUAGGUUAGAAGAAGCACAAAAGGAAAUAAAACGUUUAUUAGUAUUACAAGCAGAACAAGAAAUAAUACAAACGGAAGUAGAAAUCGAACAAACACAGAAAAUGUUAACACAUAACAACGACUUGUAUAUUGAAUUACAAGAAAAAUAUGCCAAAUUUGAAGUAGAAUUGAAGACUGUUGAAGAAGAAAAUAUUGCAUCAUAUGAUGCUUAUGAAAAAGAUGUACAAGUACAUCAAGAACAAAUUGAACAAUUGGCAUUUGAUAUUGCUGAAAUAUUGCGAAGUAAAACUCAUUUAGAAACAGAAAUAAUUAUUUGUCGACAUUUAUUGGAAAUAGAAUUUGAAGGACAACAACCAGUUAUUGUACCAACUGAUACAACAUCAUUUGGUAGUGAAUCGGGAAAAGUACUUACAAAGAAAACUAAAAGAGGACCAGUUGGUAUCAAAGAGUGUGCUUCAUAUGGUGAAUUUAUAACAUUAGAAAAUACUUCAGUAUCGGAAGAUGUAAAUGUGUCAUAUUGGAUAUUAAAACGACGUAUUGAUUCAUUGCCGGAAUUGCGAUAUACUUUUCCAUCAGGUUUAAUUAUUGAACAUGGUAAAGAACUAAAAAUUUAUGCUAAAAAUGCACUUAAACAAUCACAAGAAACGUUAAAUCGUUCAAAUAAAAUUGUUAAUAAUGAGUUAGCUUCAUGGGGUUAUGGUAUGAAUAUUGAAACACGGCUAAUAAAUGCGAAUGGUGAGGAAAGAGCGGUGCAUUCACAAACACUUGUUUUGGGUUCUCAAACAAUAUCAUCCUAA